AACUGGCUCUUGAAGCUCUGAUAUUCAUUUACUUCACAUCCAGAGUUCCAAACCCUAACAGAACCUGGAAAAUUCUUCACCGCAAAAUCGAACGCGAGGAUGUUGAGGCAGGCGUCGAAGAGGCUGCUCGGGCUAGCGUCAUGCGAGUUUCCAUCACGGCCCGUUCAGAUUCUGCCACGUCUUUACCACGAGAAUGUCAUCGACCACUACAACAAUCCUCGUAAUGUCGGGUCCUUCGAUAAGAACGAUCCGAACGUUGGCACGGGCUUGGUCGGGGCUCCGGCUUGUGGCGAUGUCAUGAAGCUGCAAAUAAAAAUCGACGAUGACUCUGGAAAAAUCGUUGAUGCUUGCUUUAAAACCUUCGGCUGUGGAUCUGCGAUUGCGUCUUCUUCUGUUGCUACUGAAUGGGUGAAAGGGAAGAGCACGGAGGAGGUGCUAACCAUUAAAAACACGGAGAUCGCGAAACAUCUUGCACUUCCCCCGGUUAAGUUGCACUGCAGCAUGCUUGCAGAGGAUGCUAUCAAGGCAGCUGUCAAAGAUGUAGAAGCUAAACGUGCCAAGUUGAAUGGCAGUUCAAAUGCUGCACCUAUUGAGAAGGCUGCCGAUGCCUGAUGUCUCUGUAUAUGCCGAGGAAAAAAGUCUGGAGGCUUGCUACACAUAGCUUAUCUAUAGUUAACCCUAUCAUUCUGUUAAAGUUGGGUAAACGGAUACAAAAUGGACCAGGGGAACUUUCAGGUACCACAUAGAGGACACGAAUAAUGUAACCUGUCUAGAAGGGAUGUUUGGCCAAUGGUAAAACUAUAUAUGUGAUUGUGAAUAAAGCAUUGCUUCAACCCAGAUGCAAUCAUUUCCACUGUUGACUGUUAUAGUAGACUGUUUGCAUCUCCAUCAAGGUUGAGGUCUUGCUAUUUACCCUCUUUUUUUUCCCUUUCAAAGCUCUCCCUAUCAAGUUUGAGGCUAUGCAAUUUACCACAUUUUCUUUUCCUUUCUGAACUGGUGAUGAUUUUGGGAUAAAAAACGUUUUGCCUUUGUAAGCAUUUAUAGAAUGGCCUUUUGUA